CAUACAUGACAAUACGAUGCGUGUUUUUAAUUCCACUUCAUUUAAUAGUAUGCUGGCCCACUGGCUGAUCCAUUUGGCUGUACUUAACGAUUCAUUACAACAAGCGUAGAGACAUACUAGGAGGUGCGUUCGUUGAGGAAUAAAACUGAUGGGUGACACGACAGAGCAUUAGACCAGUGUCAGUUGAUCCCAUGAUAGACUUGUAUAAAUACAUUGUCAUCCGCCUGUCUCCGUGUGUCGGUACUAAUCACCCGUUUCUGUAUCAAACAGUACGGUGUCAUUUGGCUCGCGUCUAUAUUACCGCUGUCGUAUGUCGCUUUCAUAUUCUGUAAACGUUUAAACCGUGAUGUAUACUGGUAUAUACAUUGACAGUGUGGUAGUAGUAGUAGUAGUAGUAGUUUAAACACUGUCGUAGUAACAAAACAUGUCUGCCUUUGCAAUAGGUGGUACGAACACAAUUAGGUGUUCAAUGUGGAGCUAGAGCCAUUCUGUUAUUGAACGCUCGUCAUGGGUAGUAAGGAAGGGGAAAAGAACUGUAGCACUGAGUCAACCAGCAAGAACAACAAAGCAAAUGGCGGUGGUGGCGAAAAAAAGUUUUUGUCUCCUGAUAGAGGAGGUAUACUGGAAAAGUCGCCCAGCUUACAAAGAAUACACCAACAAAGUUCAACAGAGACUAGUGGUCUAGGCGAGACUAUCACAUCAGGAUUUUCUUCGCAGGAAAGUAUAAGAAGUACACAUAGUUUUAAUGAAAAACCCAGAAGGUGUACACCGGGAGAGGAUCAAUUUGGCAAGCCUCCAACUGAAGUGGAUAGCGUCAUGAAGGACCGGACGGAUACGAAGCCUCUACUAGUGAGGUCAGGGGGUGGAAGUGGAGGAGGCGGAGGCCGGCGAGAGCGUGAUCGAGGCGACAGAGGAGGGAGAGACAAGGAUCGUGACAGGGAGGGCUCCACAUCGUUACCAUGUGAGCCUAGACGAACGUCUAGCGCUAUGUACCCAGACGGUACAAACUUUGACGAUUUAUUCGCCAUUCCUGGCAAAUCUCAAAGCCAUCUUUCUUCCGGUGUAAAUAUAAACGAUACAGAAAACAAUGGCUGGAAUAGACGAUCAUCACCUAGAAGUUCUAUCAAAAGUCGAACAUCAAUUGGGUCAUAUCGGUCUAGAAAUGGCUCUAGAUAUCUGGGGAGACUUUCGGAAUCUGCUUGGACAAAAUGGUCCCGGGACAGGCGGGCAUCAUUUCGGCGUCGGCUAGAACUGCCUGACAUUGCGAUUCCAGAGCCCACGGAUAGGGCCUCCACCCCUAUCAAAAAAGCCCGGGAGGAGGGGCUCAUGUUUUUGCACGAGGAUUUAAAAGGGAAUUAUAUAUCUGAGGACGACAUUAACUAUAUACGAAGGCACAGAAUCCAGCGUUAUAAAACGUACCACGUUAUUGAAAAAUCAAAAAAGAAAUUAAGGAAUUUUCCCAGUCGUAUUGAGGUGCAUCUGUCAGUGAGAGACUGGCGUGUUCUCUCGGACUAUUGGGAACACAAAUAUUUUAGUCAAAUACGUUAUGCAGCGUUCUUAUUUGGAUUUCUUGGAAUACUAUUCCUGGUUGUCAGCGUAACAAGUUCAUUCUGGAUAAAUUAUUCGACCGAGAAAGUUGCUGACGAUAACGUUACCAUGGUAGCAGUGGAAGCCGUGGAUGGACUCUGGACGACGUGCAUCACUAGCAAAAUUCCCAUGUACAGUGCUCAACUCAACUCCUGUGAUACUUUAGUAGCUGACUGGCAGACUGCAGUGAUAGGUCUGAUGAUAUUUUCAGCAUCCUUUGGGUUUGUCGCCACAAUCCUGGCCGUUCUCGGCGUAUGUACGUCCCCACUACCUAGGAAGAUCUACUACUUUCACUCCGCAGGGGAAAUUUUUCUAGUGUGUGCACUAAGUGUGGGCAUUGCCUUAAUUAUAUACCCUACCGUUAUGGAGCUGGAUCCCACCAUAGAGGUUCAUCUGUAUGGGCCGGGGUAUGGACUGGGGUGGGGAGGUGCCUUCUUUUUCCUAGUGGCAGCUCUGUGUAUGACUUUGGACGAGUUAGUACGUGAAUCUUCAAGAGCCAAAGUUUGCCGAAUUUGUUUUAAAUCCAGACAGCGCGAGCGGUCAGAACUACAAAGGGUUUGAUAUAAAUCCUUGGACAGUGAGAUAUAUAAUCCGUUUUCUGAAAGGCAGGGAUGUUCACAGGAAAUGAGUUCUUUUGAAUGAACCGCAAUAUCUAUGGAGGAAGACAAUUUUAUGAAUGUAGACCAGUUUUAUAUUGUAAGAACAAUGGAAUUUGGUUAAACCGAACAUCAGAAGGGCCGAUCGUUUUAAUCUGGAAAGACAGGUUUAAGGUUGUAUUUUCAUGUAAAUAUAUUUGAAAGCAAACAGAAGGUCUGGUGUACAGAGGUUUAGGGCUACUUGAAGUUCGGUCUAGACAGAUUAAGCUGUGUACAAAGGACAGAAAUACUACUCUAACAAGCAUCAAAGAGUGUCUUCAAAUUGUGAAUAAUUAAAACGGAAGUUAUUUCCGUAACAUUGUAUAAAAAAUGUUUUACGAUGAAAACAAAAGAGCAACUUUUUAGUUCAAACUUAAUUUAAUGUUUACAGUUCGUAAUUGGAGUGCUGUUUUGGAUUUGAUAUUGCAGGGAAAUGCAGUCUGCGCAUGCUCAUUUUUUUCAUUUUUAGGUCGUAACUUUAAUUAUAUCUAUUAUUGAGAUCAUGUUUAAAAUUUUCCUUCAGAGACUAAUUGAUGUGUUUAACGCAAGCUGGAAUUUAUCUUGUUCCUUGGCGGUUUUUUUCUGAACGGUUGCGAGUCUGCCAUGAUUGCAAUUGUCAAUUUGUCAAUAUCAGGCGCUUUCGAUUUAAAUAUCUUUUUGAUAUGUCAAUAUGUCCAAUAUACCGUUAUUUUCAUUAUUAUUUCUAGAUUGCUGCACAGUUGGUUGUUGAUUUCAAAUAUUGAUCCUGGCAGAAUAGCAGAUAUUCCUGCCUUAAUAUUUUACUUCUAUUAUAAGCUUCCUUGAAAACCACCGAAUAAUUUUCAAAAAAUCUUUGGUACCAAAAUUCUUCGAAUUUCCCUUAUGUUAGCACCAGUGAUUCCCAUGUCAAAUUUUUCCAAUGUUGACUAAUUAAUCGCAAGUAAAUUAGUACUUGAAAUUAUUUACCAGAUGUUUAAGAAGUGUCCGCACGUGUUAAUGAUGAUAGAUCAUAAAGUUUCUUAUAUAUAUGGUCUUCUAGCAUGACAUUUUUAUCACGUUCAAAACUUUGCAUGUUUGGUAAGGGAAAAAAGCACUACAAUCAGGCAUCAUCAAUCACAAUUCAUCAGACUGUGCUAUUAUCCAGUCAGAAUUUGUAAACAACUUGGAACUAUUAGUUUUACGAACAAAAUAUCGUUUUCGAGUUAUCAACGAAAAUUUCAUAUUUAUCUUUGAAUAUUAAAUAAAAAGACAUUAAACUAAAACAUUUGUUUUACCUGAAAAGAAGUGGUCGGAUUGACCAAGCUAGAUUGCACGUGAUUACAGUGCUUCUCUUCGAGAUUCUAGGGGUUACGCUCACUAUAUUCUUUGCGUGAGUGGGCGUACAUGUAACUCCUGUUAUUUCGAGGAACAUGCUUACUUGUUUUAUUACUUUUAAACUUGGGUAUUGAUAUGUGGUUAAGAUUGACAUUAUCUGUAAUUGUGAUACUUUUUAUCAUUACAAACUGUUCACGCCUUUCACUUACCAUAGUUAAUUAUCCCUCCGCGGUUCAGCUAUAAAAUUAUUCCAUCAAACUGAUGAUCUUUCAAGUGUUACACGUUUUAACUGUUGCUGGUUUUUUUUUAUCACAAAACCAAAAUACUUGUUAUAAUUUGUUGUCAUAAUUAUAUUUG